ACAGAUUUUACUGCACUUUGGUUUCUCGAUCUCUACUCCAAAUGAGUAAAAAGUGGGUAAAGCGGGAAACAGCAAAAGAAAUCACACAUUUAAUAAAAAAUAAAGAAAAAGAAAUUCCACAUUAAAUAAUCACAACAAGAAAAACAAAUAAUAUAUUAGUAAAAGACAAACGUAAAAACCAUCUCUCGGCCUUCUCUCAUAAAUCAAUCUCUCUUCUUAUCACUCUCCGAAACCCACUUCCAGCUUUUUCCUCUCUCUUUCUCUCUCUAGUCUCUCUUUUGUAGCUCUCCCCUGCUAAGCUAACCACUGCACGUUUCCAUAGAGAGGAAAGAUGAGUCUCUCUCCGAGAGAUUUUCUCUCUAUCAUCUUAUCUUCUUCCGUGUAAUGCUCUGAGCCAAAACCCAAUAACUAAAUCAACAACAAUAUAGAAGAGAAGAGAAAGAUCUUAUCUUUCUUCUCAUUCUUGAGUUUAGUCCCCCACAAUGGCGAUUCGGAAGGAGGAAGAAAGUAGAGAAGAACAGAGCAAUUCGUUUCUUCUUGAUGCUCUCUACUGCGAAGAAGAGAAAUGGGACGAUGAAGGAGAAGAAGUUGAAGAAAACUCUUCCUUGUCUUCUUCUUCUUCUCCAUUCGUUGUUUUGCAACAAGAUUUGUUCUGGGAAGAUGAAGAUCUGGUUACACUCUUCUCCAAAGAAGAAGAACAAGGACUCAGCUGUCUCGAUGAUGUUUAUCUUUCCACGGAUCGAAAAGAAGCUGUUGGUUGGAUUCUGAGAGUCAACGCUCAUUAUGGCUUCUCUACUUUAGCAGCUGUUUUAGCCAUAACUUAUCUCGAUAAGUUCAUCUGUAGCUACAGCUUACAGAGAGACAAACCAUGGAUGCUUCAGCUCGUUUCUGUCGCGUGUCUCUCAUUAGCUGCUAAAGUCGAAGAAACCCAAGUCCCUCUUCUUCUAGACUUUCAAGUGGAGGAGACAAAGUAUGUGUUUGAAGCAAAAACCAUACAGAGAAUGGAGCUACUGAUUCUGUCUACUCUCGAGUGGAAGAUGCAUCUCAUUACUCCAAUUUCGUUCGUAGACCACAUUAUCAGGAGAUUGGGACUUAAGAACAAUGCUCACUGGGAUUUCCUCAACAAAUGCCACCGUCUCCUCCUCUCUGUAAUCUCCGAUUCAAGAUUUGUCGGGUACCUCCCAUCAGUAGUUGCCGCAGCUACCAUGAUGCGAAUUAUAGAGCAAGUUGAUCCCUUUGACCCUCUUUCAUACCAAACUAAUCUCCUCGGUGUCCUUAACUUAACCAAGGAAAAGGUGAAAACUUGCUACGAUCUAAUCCUCCAACUACCAGUGGACCGCAUCGGUUUACAGAUCCAAAUCCAAUCUUCCAAGAAACGCAAGAGUCACGAUUCAUCAUCAUCGUUGAACAGUCCAAGCUGCGUGAUUGAUGCAAACCCUUUCAAUAGCGACGAAAGCUCAAACGAUUCGUGGUCAGCGAGUUCGUGCAACCCACCAACGUCGUCGUCGUCCCCGCAGCAACAACCUCCAUUGAAGAAGAUGAGAGGAGCUGAAGAGAAUGAGAAGAAGAAGCCGAUUUUGCAUCUGCCAUGGGCAAUCGUAGCCACUCCAUAAUCGAAAGCUCGAUUUCGUUUAUAUGAUAUUUACUGUUUUUUUAAACUUUGAGAACAAUCUUUGUUGUAUUAAGCUUUACCCGUUUGCAUAUACGAAAUGUCGCGAAUGCCCUUACGUGCCAUGGCUUGAUAGAGUUAAUGGGUAAAGGGUAUUCAUGACAUUUGACUGCAUGGGAUGUGACGAAGGAGAGAAUUAGAAAUAAUAAUAAUAAUAUUGCGUAAAUUUUGAGGCUUGCCCAAUCUUUGGGCCGUAAUCUCCGGC